GAAGCAGUAAAGCCUGCGCUAUCUGAUUACAUUCACAUGAAGGCUGUUGAAAGGAUUUUCUAUCUGCAGACAUCAUGGCAUCAUGUCACAUAAAAGCCGUCACCUGCUUUUGCCUAUGCAUACCAGCUGUGGUGUUAUAUGGUAUUAUUGGUACAUUUGGGAGGUACGUGCAUGAGUGUGGCAGAUUUCCACAGAAGGCGGGAGGGGCAGAAGAAAGAGGUGUGGUAUAACCACUCAACAAACUUUGACAGGCGUGUAUUUGUGUGUUUUGUAUGCAUGGGAGAGAUUGAGAGAGCGUUUGGGAACACAAAUGAGGACGAGAGCGGGAUGAGACGGAUGCGAUUUUUGUCUUUAACGGAGGAUAUGAAGACGGCGAGGGAGGAAGAGGAGAGCAGGCGGAGGGACGAGAGGAAGGGUGGAAAACGGGGAUUUGGAGGAGAGAGGCUUGUCAGCAUCUCGCUGGAUGAGAUGGAGAGCUACUACAAAUACGCCCUGAGCUGUCAGCAGCUACAUAAUGACAUCAUGCAUGGGGAAGAUGGUCCUCUGUGUGCCGCAGAAAUCGGAUCUGAACUCCAGAAACAGUUUGCCAUCCUGCCAGGGGGCCGCGGGAUAAACGGCCGCCCUAUCAUGGUCUUCCCAGAGUUCCCAGAGUUCAGCGAGCUGGAGGAGGAGGAGCUCCAAAGCGUCCUCGGCUACCUCACCAGCGUCCCCAGCGUUGCCGCAUCGGGAGUGGGUUUCAUCCUGGUCAUCGACAGACGACUGGACCGAUGGGCCGCCGUCAGGGCUACCCUGCUCCGCAUCGCUGGCUCAUUUCCAGGGAACUCACACUUGGUUCUGGUGUUGCGUCCCACUACUUUGUUGCAGCGGACUCUGUCAGACUUCCUGUUCAAGUUCAGCAGGGACGAGUUCAAAAUGAAGGUGGUGAUGCUGAGUUCGGUGACUGAGCUCCAUGCUUAUAUCGACCCAGGACAACUCACCACAGAGCUGGGAGGAACGCAGGAGUACCACCACGAGAGCUGGAUCUCUCACCGCACUGCAAUCGAGGCGUUCGCCCUCAUGGUGAAGACCACGGCUCAGACUCUGCAGGCGUUCGGCACUGAGCUCGCGGAGACAGAAUUACCAAACGACGCCGAGGCUACAACCAACCUGCUGCACACACACACACUGAAGAAGGACACAAUGAAGGAGGACCUGCAGGUGGCGCUGUCUCAAGGAGGACGCCUGUUGGACUGCAUCAACGAGCCUCUACAGACAGACCCCGAAUACAGCAUGACCCAUGAUGAGCUGGAGAAUUUGGAGACUGUGCAGAGACUCCUGGGUCAGCUGGACGAGACGGAGACGGCGUUCGACGAUUUCUGGGAGCAUCACCGCACGAAGCUGGAACAGUGUUUGCAGCUGCGCCAUUUUGAACAGCACUUCCGUGAAGUGCGCGCUCAGCUUGAUGUGACCUCAGAAAGGCUGUCGGGUUUCUCCGAGGUCAGCGUCAGCCCCGCCCACGGCGAGCACGUCCUCCGAGAGCUCAGCGGGCACGAGGAAAAGGCCUGUGACGUCCUGGACCGCGCCCUGUCCCUGGCCUGCGAAGGUGCCAGGCUGAUAGAGAACUCGCACUACGCCGAGGACUCCAUCAGGCCGAAGUGCAGCGAGCUGAGGGGGGUGUGUGACGAGAUCAGCGCCACCCUGAGGUGCAAGAAGAACCUGCUGCUCAGGGCGAUGGAGAUGCACCACGCUCUGGAGAAGGCGUCACAGUGGUGUGAGGAGGGCAUCUUCCUAUUGGCCAACCAGCCCGUUGACCGCUGUCAGUCUCAGGACGGCGCCGAAGCGGCUCUGCAAGAACUGGAGCGGUACCUGGAAACGUUGCCGCUGCACACCCUCGCCGACCGCAGCGCCAUCUGCCUCCAGUAUGAACCGGUGCUCACCACUCAGCUCAGGGACCAGGUAGAGAGAGUUUUCCAGAAGCAGGGCUCUGUGCAGGAGAUGUUCGAGAAGAGACGCAUCAGCUUGAAGAAACUUGCCGCCAAACAGCCCCGACCAGUCCAGCCAGUGGCACCGAGACCCGAAGUCAAGUCGCCGCACCCCUCGCCCAAUCAACAGAGAAAAGAGAGGAGAUACUCUGCAGAUAAUGCCAUCUGCAAAAAGGUGGAGUCUCCUCUUCUUAAUUGCACCAGACACGCUUCUCUCUCAGAGGAAGAAGAAAACCUGGCAGUGCUUCGGCGUCACGUGAUGAACGAGCUGCUGGAGACGGAGAGAGCGUACGUGGAGGAGCUGCUGUGUGUCCUGGAGGGCUACGCAGCAGAGAUGGACAACCCCGCCAUGGCUCCCCUCAUCCCCGGGACGCUGCUCAGCAAGAAGGACGUCCUGUUUGGGAACAUGUCUGAAAUCUACCAGUUCCACAAGAGGACUUUUCUAAAGGAACUGGAAGCGUACACUGACUUUCCCGAGCUGGUGGGCCGCUGCUUUUUAGAACGGAUGAAGGACCUGCAGAUCUAUGAGGCCUACUGCCAGAACAAGCCUCGCUCCGAGAGCUUGUGGAGACAGUGCUCCGACUGUGCCUUCUUCCAGGAGUGCCAGAAGAAGCUGGAACAUAAACUUGGUUUGGACUCCUACCUCCUUAAACCUGUCCAGAGAAUCACCAAGUACCAGCUACUACUUAAGGAGUUGUUGAAGUACAGUAAAGGCUGUGAUGGCUGUGAUGACCUACAGGAGGCGCUCUCCUCUAUUCUGGGGAUCCUGAAAGCUGUGAAUGAUUCCAUGCACCUCAUCGCCAUCACAGGAUACGAGGGUAACCUCUCGGAGCUAGGCCGCCUGAGCAUGCAAGGCUCCUUCAGCGUGUGGACAGAGCACAAGAAAGGUCACGCCAAGGUCAAGGACCUGGCCCGCUUCAAGCCCAUGCAGCGGCACCUGUUCCUGCACGAGAAGGCCCUGCUCUUCUGCAAGCGGAGGGAGGAGAACGGCGAGGGCUACGAGAAGGCGCCGUCCUACAGCUUCAAACACUCGCUCAGCAUGAGUGCCGUGGGAAUAACAGAGAGCGCUAAAGGAGAUAACAAGAAGUUUGAAGUUUGGUGCAACUCCAGAGACGAGGUUUUUAUUGUGCAGGCUGCAACGCCAGAGAUUAAAACUUCGUGGGUGAACGAGAUCCGUAAAGUUCUGACCCAGCAACUCAAAGCAUGCAGAGACGCCAGACAACCGAAGAACUUCGACGCUGUUUCUAUGAGUCCCACCAGCAGCAGCAGCUCCAUCUCACUCAGCCCGUUCCGUAGCAGUGGUCAGAAGAACCAGAAGAAGCAGGAUGAGAAGAAAGCCGAGCCGAGCCCGACCUCCGAUGCAAACUUCUCUUCCUCACCCAAACACAAAGAUGAACCGGUGACCAGUCCGACAACUGACAGGUCCUCUACGGCUAAAAAGCGUUUUACUUUACAGGGCUUCAGCAAUCUCAAGAGUCCAAAAGGCUCGGCCCUGAGCCCCGAACACGGCACCAAACGCCACCUGGUCAAGAGCGACCCCACGCCGUUUGGGUUCAAAGUGCCGGCCGCCCAUGUCACUCUGAGCAGAGUCAAAUGGAUGAGCACCUCUAGUCUGUUACAGAGCAAGCGGCAAGGCUGGAGCAAGACGUCUCUCUCGGUGGACGCAUCGGAAGAGAACGACGGCUACUCCAGCGGCGAGGACCCCAUUAACUCGGACCCCGAGGAUGACGGAGGAAAGAAGCUGGCCACAGGAAAGUACACGGUGGUAGCAGACUGCGAGAAGGCGGGACCUCAGGAGCUGUCUGUCAAGAGUGGAGACGUGGUGCAGCUAAUCCGAGAGGGAGAGGACGGACAGUGGUUUGUGAGGAACCUCCGCAGCAGCAAGGAGGGCUGGGUGGCGGCGGCAAACCUCCUCAGCCUCAUCUCAGAGUCCAAGUCGUCGCAGUCGCUCAGCAGCUCAGACGGCAGCGUCUCCGGCAACAUCAGCACUUCUUCCAGCUGCAGCGAGACCUACACCAGCUUCUCCGACAUCAAACCCUGAACCGACUGCACUUUUCCCCCCCGAACUCCACCUGAAGUCAUCGCCAGGUGGAAUUUCAAGAAACCGGAAGCUGCCUCUGACAGAAUCUCAAUGCUCACAAACACCUUGCAGUUUGUCGGAUACAAACAACAUCUCCAAAACAAUCAUCGUAUCUGCGAAUGUUAGCCGUGUUUCCAAUGCUGAAUGUUGACUACACCCAGUUUCUCUGAGGAUUCACAGCCACCUCCAUAGCUCAUUUCCACUCGGCAGUAUUACUCUUCUUAUUUCUUUGACAUUUAAAAAUGUUCACGUUAAAGAUACAAGAGCUCAAUCACCUUCUGUGUGGCUUUUUAAAACAUUUAUUUAAAAUAAGAUUAUGUAGCAUCAAAGACAAAUUCAAAUACCUGCACUAAACACGAGGCGUCAGCAGCUUAUGAACCUGUGCAUCAGCUUCGACAGGUAGAUUCUGAGCGGAAUUUCACACGAUACGACGGCUUUAGUAUCAGAUACUUCGAAAAGUGUCAGCUGGCUGCAGCAUGAAGGAGAGAAAAGUGCUUUCGGUGCACGUUGGAGCAUCACUGAGCCGGUGGAACCUUGUGGACAUGUAGCUGUAAGUCUUUUUAUAUGUAUGUGGGCGGCACACGGGCGGUUACAUCCCUGUGGUGUCUGGUGUAGAAGCAGUUUUUGCAGAAUGCUGCAUUCAACCCACGUUAACAAGAGCUUCCCUCAACCUUUGUUUUGACUUCGAUGCAUCGCAGUCUGAUGUAUCACCAUGUGAAUGUCACCAACAGCGCCACCUGGCGGUCACAUGUCUUACCCUUCAUUCUUUGUUUUUAUGUGGAAGAAGGAUGAUCUAACCCAGCUCUGAGCUACUCUGGAUUUACCUCUCAGGAAGACGUCAUGUGGGCAAGCAGGUGUGACUGCAUACCUGUGUGUGUCGACUACAUGUCUUUGUAUGUGUGCAUUCUUGCAUAUGUGUGUGUUGUGUGAUGCAAAUCCAGCAAGUGUCACAACCCCCCCCGAGAAAGGCUGAACAACCUGUUCAGGAGGAAGGUGUUUCAGAUUUUCCUUGAUAGCUGUAACGCUGGGUCCAUAUUUAGUUUGCAAACUUUAUUGAAACCUUUAUUCUGGCGCUGCAGCAGCAACAAAAGCAGCUUUGUCCUCGUCCUCUGCUCCCAGCCCCGCCGAGGCAUGUGACAGCCGGCGCUGCUCCGCAAGCGAGCGAGCAGGCCGACCGGGGCCCAGACCGGCUGGACACGUUUGCACCACCAAGCAAUAAGUGUUUACUUGACACCACAAUGUAGCUUAGUCACUAUCUUGGUGGAGUUAUUAAAACACAAAAACAAAUACUGAUUGUGAGUUAUAUAGCAGGGGAGGGGGUGAGAAGGUCGAGGCUUGAUUGGUUAGUUUGGCCUGGUAGUGGCGAUGAUAACAGGUUGAUGGCACACCUCUGCCGAACAGCUGCUGUGACACACCCGUCAACGCACAAACAUGUUUUAUACUCUCAGAUUUCUACACAUGCUUCUUUCCACACUCGCUGUUGAACGUCUGACAUAAAAACACCAAGAUGUCGCACUAAAACCAGCCGCACCCAGAACUAAGCUGCUGUGCUCUGCGAAGCCAAGUUCAACACCACUGUGGUUUUGUUGGCAAUGCUUCGAGCUCUUGAUAUUGUUUCUUUUGUUUGAGAAAAUGCAUGUCGGUGACUUGUGAAAGGAAAAAAGAUCCUCUCCAGAAAAGCUCUCGGACCUUGAACCGUGUGCUGCAAACCUGCAAGCUAACCUGUGGCUUUAUAUGUGUCGGUUCGUUGUUACACUUGUACAGAUGUCGUCCUCUCUAUACCUCAUGUCGUUUUUCUCUCCAGAGCAUGCAUAUCGUGAAGAGGGUCAUGUUUCUUCUCGUUCGUCUCUCCGUGUCAUCGUCGACUCUUUUUGUGGCAUGCUCCUCAUCCGCCUCAAUUCCAAACCUCUCGCAUCAGAGUAUUUUUUACCAGGCCCUGUUGUACAUGAUGAGAGUUUAUUUUCUGCCCUCUCGUGAAAGCUGACGCCGGGCACUAAACUUGUCAGUGUUUGAUCGUGAUCACGCAAUAGAUCUUAUUGAAUUAUUCCCACUUCUCGCGCAGAGCGGGGCGGGGAGAUCCGAAGGGUUAUUCUAUUUUUUUGUUUCUUUUUAUGCAGCACAUUGCAGCGACCACUGUCCUUAUUUCCUAUUGUAUAUCUACUAAGUAUGGUGUCGAUAUAAAGAUAUUAUAAUGAGACAUAUCUGUGUAUAUUUUGUAAAUAUGUAAGUCUGAAUUGUAUGUACAAUGAAAAGCAGCUUUAAUAAAGUCUGA